AUGCGUGUAACAUUUCUCCACCCCGACUUGGGUAUUGGAGGCGCGGAGCGACUGGUUGUUGAUGCUGCUGUAGCGCUUCAGAACAAAGGCCAUCAAGUGAAGAUCGUCACCAACCAGUACGAUAUUAAUCAUGCCUUCAAGGAAACGAAAAGUCUAGGUAAUUAA